GCGACGCAAGCAACCAGCGAUCAACCCGAUCGUUUCGUUUGGCCGUUGCCUUCCCGACAAAUACGAGCGAAAUUACCGAGUGUUGCCCGCUGGGGGGGAAAGCGUACCGAAAACGGAAUACGUUUCCCGUAGGCGAGGGUGUCGACGGAAGGCGUGUUUCUUUACCGGGUAAAUCGUCGAGUGGCUGAACAAAGGCGACAGUGAGGGACGAGUGAAGUGAAUCGGGACACGAUCGUGACAAAGUAGAAAACGAAUCAAUCGUCGGAUGAUCGCGAUGGACUUUUUGCUUCGAGUCGAAAGAAACGUUCGUUGAAACGUGCGAUCGUUAUGAUCCCCCGCGUUUAAGCAGCUCCCGGGGCUUGAUCAGACCAAUUAAUCCGAUCGAACACACGGCUAAGUUUCUUGAUGCGCAGCGACAUCAAAAGCGAUGACUAGUGAUUACGCGGGCUCGCGCUGUUGUUUCGCAUCAUACGCCCGCAGGAAAUAUUUCGCGAGAGACGGAGAAAACAACCACCUGCCCUACAUGGAUCGACUCGGUGUACCGGUGCACCGCGGAAGAGAGAACAAUGGAUAUGAGAAGAGCAGAGGCUAAGUAGCAGGCUGCAGGUAGAGGAUCAGCGAGGGCGAAACAGGAAAAAAGAACCGACCGAAAGGAACCGACGCGGAGGGACAGAGAGCGGGAGAAGCAAAUUAGGCGAAGACGAGGAUAGGGUGAAUCGCCUGCGGGGGGUAAUUGAACAAAAGAAAAAAAAGUCAGACAGACGAAACGGCGGCUGACAAAAAGAUGAAGGAGAACGGCUUAUGGACGCUGGUUUGGACACUGUGUGUGAUAAUGGGUCUGAGCAUGGCACAAACAUCGCAGCCCUGCCCUUCUCACAAUGAUAUCGCGCCUUGCUCCUGCUCCCUCAAGAAAUCCGGCUUGGACAUCGUGUGCGAGUUCACCGACGUGACUCACAUCUCCCACGUUAUGAGCAAGCUCAAGGAGAAACUGAACACGGUCAUCUUUUACCUCAGACUGAGGCACAACAGUUUGCCGAAACUGCAACGUUACGUGUUCCUAGGCCUCGACAUACGCCACCUCUCCAUCCACAACAGCAGCCUCGCGGUGCUCGAGGAAUCCUCCCUCAGUUCUAUCGGGACUGGCUUGACGCAACUCGACCUCUCGCAGAAUGCUUUGCUCUCGGUGCCGUCGGUCGCGUUACAAAACCUUCAACAUCUGCUUAUUUUGAACUUGAACCGCAAUAAGAUCAGUGCCAUCCAUGCAAAGGCUUUCGAAGGACUCGACACUCUUGAAAUCCUUUCCGUGUACGAUAACAAGAUUUCUACCAUUGAGGAGGACGCCUUUAAUGGACUGCACAAUAGAAAACUAAAGAGACUGAACCUGGGAGCAAACGAGUUGUUGAAAGUACCAACGAAAGCGUUGCUCACCCUGGACAUGCUGAAGAAAUUGGAGAUGCAAGAGAACCGAAUCACCGCCAUUCAAGAGGGCGAUUUUGAAGGAUUGAAAGCCCUGGAUUCGUUGGUACUGGCUCACAAUCAGCUGCGCGAAGUCCCGGCUCGUGUGUUCUCCCACUUGACGCUAUUAAACUCUUUGGAGCUAGACGGAAAUCAGAUUACCCACGUGGAUCCGGAUGCGUUCAUCGGUCUCGAGGAGAAUCUGCAAUAUUUGCGGCUGGCCGAUAAUAAUUUACAUUCGGUGCCGAGCGAUGCAUUGCGCCGUCUACAUCGAUUACGCCACCUCGAUUUGAGAGCCAAUAACAUUUCCGUACUCCCGGAGGACGCCUUCACCGGAUAUGGAGAUACUAUCACAUUUCUGAACCUCCAGAAGAACUUGAUAAAGGUAUUGCCGCCGUUGGUAUUUGAAAAUCUCAACUCCCUGGAAACUUUGCAUCUGCAGAACAAUAAACUGGAACAGAUACCGGAAGAAGUGACCGAGAAUAUCGUCGACACCCUUCGUCACAUCGAUAUCACGGAUAAUCCCCUGAAAUGCAACUGCGAACUGCGAUGGUAUUCCGUCUGGCUGGCAAAGCUGCGCGACAGGGACGACGAGAGGAUGUCGAGGAAGCGUACCGUGUGCACGAUGGCUGGCGAACACCGUGAAUACGCCCUGCAGAACAUACCUUUGGAAAGAAUGGGCUGUGUCGGUAAGAACGCGGGUCGAACAUCCUCGUCGGCUAGCAAUGGACGCGUCUACGUGGACACGAUGCUCCAGUUGUUGACCGUAGCCGUCGCCGUCGCCGUACUCUAACUGCAGUCAACCAUCCAACGCUCGACUAUCGCCUCGGUUACCAAACGCGAAAGCUACCAUCCUGUUUCGUAAAUUAAACAAAAUUUGCAUCGUUCUACCGUCGAUGGGAGAAAUCGUGCCACGGUCGCGGAGACGCGGCACGAUUCGAACCAACGAGCAUCCGUAUUCCGUGGAAUUGUUCCGACGAUCCUGACGGAUGCGCGAUCGAGAACGUAAAACCGAACUAUCGAGAGCCGGGUCGAUCGUUGAUUCGUAAUCCAAGGUUAUAUUUUGACGAGAUCCUGUAACUUCCAUCGGUAUUCGUCUAUUUUUUUCACUGAGAACAUUUAUACAUCGUCGAGUAGGGUUUAAAUGUUCAAAUCCAAUGGAAGAAUCGAGAUUUUAUAAAAUACAUAUAGAAACGUAAGUAUAUCACGAGAAAAGGAAACAUUGUAAUCUCCAUUGGGUACGUAAAGUCUUUAGUUUGUUGAUUUAACGACAUAAAUAAGAAAAAUAAUGUAAACGAUCGACGAGCUUCUCGAUAAAUCGAUCGCAACAUCGGUUAACGGUAGAUCGUUAGACUCGAUCUAAGAGAUCUAUUCGACUGGGAGAUGAUCCGAUCGUCACGAGCGAUCCAUUGGAUCGAAAAUCGCGGUACAUCUGAAACGUGGAAAGAAAGAAUCUCGAUCGUGACGUACGAUAACAGGGUGAAGAGGAGGCUCCUCGAUCGAAAUGUUCCAGCGAGCCUUUUUCACCGAACGUUACAUAUCAAGAUCAUUGCCAAGUGUUUCCUGGGCGCCUGUCAAACUCGCGACAACCGUAGCAUACUCGAUAGAGAAUUCGAAUGUCCGUAGUUUAGCUAUCAUUCUAUGAUCCACGGGCAUUUGUCUCAUACAUAUCAACGCGUUCCUGAAACGUCGGGACGAGUCAUAGGUGCGUCACAAUCUAACAAAAAUAGACGAAUAGUUGCUUUUUUUUAUUUUCGCUGUUGCUGAAAGUCGCUAAACAGUCGGGUCUUUGCUACGUAAAACAAUAUACUCCAAAAUAACCGCCAACUUCGUUUCCAUAUGAUUUUGUUCUUUUACUUAUCGCAAACUUCAGUUCAAGCGAUUCAGCUUAUCGUUUACAUGUUAAAAAUCGAAUACUAAUGCCACGAGUACUGGUAAUUAAUUAAUUUUACGGUCCGACGAACGAAAGAGGAGUCAUCUCGAUCUCCGUUGGAGAUAUCUUGGGAUCGUUUAGACGUUUAACUCGAUUCACAAAGGACCGCGACCCGGUCGAAAUGAAAUAACGACUGCUGAUGGAACGUAAUACACUCAACAGGAAACCGACACUUGUCGAUUCCGGUAGAGCACGAACGUGAUCAUUCAAACGGCUCGUUGGUACUGUUUCGUGGCUCUGACGCUGACCCUAGACACUCGACGCUCACGCGCGUGAUAAAAUUACGGAAGUCUUUCAGCAACGGCCGCGAUGAGACGAUGUACGUCGCAGUAACGCUUUCGCAGCCACGGACGUUUUAUUUCAAAGACACUUCGGGGAUUCCCCCCUAACCCUCCCCCUCCCUCCUCUUUCAAGCGGUGCACAGAUUGUGACGUAUGUACGCGCGCGCCUGUUUGUGUUUCCCAAGUUGCGAAACGUGUUCGAAGUAAACGUUUAGGAACGCACGGGUCGUCGAGGAACCACAAUAUUUUUCGAUGAAUGUGAGAAAUUAAAUAAAUAGGUUACGCGAAACGUGGAAAGUAUAAAGGACAAAUCCCGAUGCACGAGUUACACAGUCGCAAUAUAGAAGUAUACAUAUCGUAGGGAAGAGUCGAACGCUCCGUUGCUAAAUGUUUGGCGAAAGAAACCAAAAGUAUCGUCGAACACUUUUCGCGAAACGCGCAGUGAGCAAGCAGAUUCGUACUGCUUCGAACACCGACUUCGGACGGUUAACCCCUUGACGCACGAUUUAAUAUAAUUUUUCAAACGUAUACUGUUUAAUUUUGUUUAAAUUUGUUCGCACAAUGGCCACGAGGAAGAAUUUGUUUUACGAAUACCUCGUGAAUGGAAAAAUUGAUUUUAAUUAGUAAGACUUGAUAACGAGUGAGUAGACUCAUGAUUGUGAAACUUGACAUCAAGAACUUGUAACGAGUCAGACUCAUCAUUGUAUGGCAAGUGGUUAAGAUGAUACAGUUCCUUAAAUUUUCCUAAUUUUUUGCUUAAAAUAGGUUCAGUACCAAUGGGAACCACCCAGCUUCAAGAAAAUCUUUCGUUUGUCGCGAUUUCUAUUUGUUGAUCUCUAUGAUGAACGCUGUACACCAACAAUGGUUGUAUCGUCGGAUAGAAUUAACUACCAUUUAAUAAAAGAUAAUAAAAAAAGUACUAAAAAAAUAUUUUCGUAUAGUUCAAGGGUCUCUCUUCGUGCCCCUAAAAUUCUAGUACGAUAGAACUUUAAAUUUACUAAAAAAAUAAAAAAGUAAACUUUAAGAAUCCCCUCUUAAUAUCUAAGCUUGGGAAUUAAUUUGUUCUAUUGAUACAGCAGCGAACGUGUUAAUAAGGGGUUAAUGACGCUAAAAUUCACUAAUAGAACUGACAGGGGAUGAGCAAUAGAGUUUUCCAUUAUCCCCUUAACGUACGAUUUAAUGUAAUUUUUCAAACGUAUACUGUUUAAUUUUGUUUAAAUUUGUUCGCACAAUGGCCACGAGGAAGAAUUUGUUUUACGAAUACCUCGUGAAUGGAAAAAUUGAUUUUAAUUAGUAAGACUUGAUAACGAGUGAGUAGACUCAUGAUUGUGAAACUUGACAUCAAGAACUUGUAACGAGUCAGACUCAUCAUUGUAUGGCAAGUGGUUAAGAUGAUACAGUUCCUUAAAUUUUCCUAAUUUUUUGCUUAAAAUAGGUUCAGUACCAAUGGGAACCACCCAGCUUCAAGAAAAUCUUUCGUUUGUCGCGAUUUCUAUUUGUUGAUCUCUAUGAUGAACGCUGUACACCAACAAUGGUUGUAUCGUCGGAUAGAAUUAACUACCAUUUAAUAAAAGAUAAUAAAAAAAGUACUAAAAAAAUAUUUUCGUAUAGUUCAAGGGUCUCUCUUCGUGUCCCUAAAAUUCUAGUACGAUAGAACUUUAAAUUUACUAAAAAAAUAAAAAAGUAAACUUUAAGAAUCCCCUCUUAAUAUCUAAGCUUGGGAAUUAAUUUGUUCUAUUGAUACAGCAGCGAACGUGUUAAUAAGGGGUUAAUGACGCUAAAAUUCACUAAUAGAACUGACAGGGGAUGAGCAAUAGAGUUUUCCAUUAUCCCCUUAACGUACGAUUUAAUGUAAUUUUUCAAACGUAUACUAUUUAAUUUUGAUUGAAUUUGUUCAUACAAUGGCCACGAAAAAGAAUUCGUUUUACGAAUACCUUGUUAAUGUAAAAAUUGAUUUUAAUUAUUAAGACUUGAUAACGAGUGAGUAGACUCACGAUUGUGAAACUUGACAUCAAAAACUCGAGUCAGACUCGUCAUUGUACGGCAGGGUUUGAUAUACUUUUUUUCUUUUUGUUAACUCCAUAACGAUCAUGCCCGAGUUUGACUGCUUUGAAAAACAAUAUUUGUUUAAUCUAACGUUCUAAAGGAUGACAAUAUUUGUUUUCCUUCAAAUUAUACGUUAGAUACAACAAAAAUCGCAUUUUCAUAUAGCUUAGAAACAAAUCUAAUAAAGAAAACUGAUCUUUCUUGAUUAACUCGAACAAUUUGAGCGUUAAGGGGUUAAAUGGACUUUAUGGAAUCAAUUUUCAAUUUUUAAAAAAUUAAUAAAUUCUGAUUUAUUCUAAGGAAGUACCAACCGUUCGAAGACAGCGAUCGAUGUUGUGCGAAUACGUUUAUGACUUAUUGUGCGUAGCGCGUGAAACUAUUAUCAAAGACGCGUUCGCGUUACGUAGCGCCGUAAAUGCAUUAACGUGGAAAGUAAAUUGUGUUUUACGACUCGAUGGAUAGUACGAUAGAGUUAAGGCAUUAAUAUUACGAUUAAUACUGCAUAUCGGAAUUAGGCUAAUGACGGUACGUCGCGACGCGAUCCGCAAUUCCGAUGAAAAUCGAAGGAGAGUAGACUUUUACCGAACGUACCCGUAAAACUUAACGCGUAGAUAUAUAGGACCGUAUUUGCUAUUGUACGCGUUGUUCUGUACGUAAUAGACAUCUCUGCGUAGCUUAGACACGAUGGACUUAGAAGGUUUCGAAAGCAUUACACGAACGCCGAUAUGUACGAACGAUUACGUUACAAUACGAAUGCUCGACGAUCGUCGACGGAAUUUUCAAAGACAAAAAUUCUUGAACGUCGUCGCGUUCGAGAAAAUGGAAAAACACGAUGAAAGUAAUA